CUUUUAGAGGAGCCAGCGACCUUGCGUUAUAUACUUACGAGACAAGAUACUGAUUACUCCAGCCGCCUUGGUAUAUCUUAUGUAUCAUGGCUUGGCUUAAGCUUUCGACGCUUUCAGAGCUAGUGAGAGUAGUCGAUGCUGCAUCGAAUAUGUACACCAACAUUCGGACAAGGGGAGCAUCUUCAGCCCAAACUCGUGCAUAUGAAGCAAGUCAAUCAUCGGCUAAACACGCAACUCGAGCUGAACAAGAGCGUCAAAGGGCUUAUCGAGCAAUGAGAGAUGCUUAUGAUCGAGGAGGAAUCUCCGCGAUCUCCCCGAGGGAAGUACAAGUCCCGCUGGACGCUUUCAACUCCGGAUCAGCCUUCACAUCACUCUUCGCUGCCACCGCAGUUAUUGGAGUCGUUUUGGCAGCUAAAGCAGCAAACGAGCUAAGGAGGAUGCGAAUCCAUGUCGAGGAGAUCCGGGAUGAACUUGGUGCUCAGACGAAUGCUAUGGUUCAAGGCUGGCAAAACAAUGGAUUCGGCGCCUUUAUUUACGAAUUUCUACGAACCGAGAUCGAGGAUCACGGCGGAGAAGACACUGUAGGACGCCAUGCAUUCUACAUCUAUAACCCGACUACUGGCGCCGAUGUUGUAUUCAAACAGAAGGUUCUUGACGACCCACUUCCUCGAUCUUUUGGUGGCUUCAGUUCCGAUAUUGAGGCUAUAUUCCGACUCAUGUGGGCGAACCGCCAAACUCUUCGCGAUAUAAUGCCACGGGAGGAAGCAGACGCCGUUGUCUUUCAUCUUCUCAUCCCAGCGAAGAGGACUAUGGCUGUCCUUGACCGCAUGGCUAUCCACGAAUCUAUUGGGAAGCUUGUUAUCAAAGGUCACACAGAUGAGGGCGCUUGCUUGGUUUGGUUGAACUUUGUGCGUCUACCGAGACAGGUGACUUUGCACGAUAUUCGCAACCUGAACACAGACCUGGCAUUUCGUGAGAAGACGCAGGCAAGGUGGGAAAUGGGUGUCAAAGGGGGAUUGGCAUGCGCGUUUGGGACGAUAGCCUCUGCGAUUUUGUUCCCUCCUGCAGUGCCCGCUUUUUGCGUCGGAUAUACAGCUGGUGUUGGUGGAGGUAUGAUAAUAGGACUUGGUGCUGACAUUUAUGAGAAAACACUGGCAGAGCCUCGUAUGUUGGGUCCGCCUUCAUGACAUGCGAUAGUCACUGUACAAUACAAACCAGAUUUCGCU